AUGGCCCCGCCGAAUCACUACACUAUUAACCAUGGCCCCGCCGACUUAAGCCGGCUGCCGACGUAUUUCCUUACCUUUCGCGGUAGUGAGAAUCCUGUGCCGUCAGGCAUUCCGGGCAUUCGGGCUUUAGCUAGUGUACGAGGCGGCGGCAUAGGCGGCAUGGUAAAUAGAGGCCCCGUGCGGGCGGCAGUCAAUUCCACAUUCAACGCACAAUUACCGCCGCCGGCGGUCGUGCAGGACGUCGCACAGGCGAUACGCGAUUCCGGAUUUUUCCUCGGGGCCCCGGGCGUGUUGGCGGGGGAAGGGGCAGCUUCCGUGGAUACGGACCAGGAUCUUUGGGCAAUGGUGAAGUCAAAAGUAGUAGUUGAAUUGCUGCCGCACCAGGGCCAUCCCAACUACAGCGAGGACGACAGGGCGCGUUAUGCUGCCUUGGCCGACACGGCGUUCGGCUUGGUUCCCCGCGGAGACGGUCGCUGGAAUUACAGGUUCUCCGAACUUGUUGGCGCUUGCGUGAUUCCAGUCGUGAUUGCUGACGGACUAACCCUGCCUUUCUCGGAGUUAGUGGAUUGGGCCGGUGAGCGUUUGGUCAUAAGAAUUCCGGAAGACGUGGUUCUGCGCACUUCUACUGAUGACGGUGAAACUUCGCCGCCCGAGCCCGACCCUUUGCUAGGUAUUUUUGAGCAUCUGAAGCCCUUCUCCAAGGAUGACAUUUUGAAGCGCCGGAGACGCUUGUGCGAAAUCAACGAUCUCUACUUUGCCACGAGUGAGAAGCGGGCUCAGGCCCUGUUGAUGGAUGCGAAAGCGUAUCUCGAGAAGGAGGAAGAGCGCAGAGAAAGCCCGUGAAAAAGUAUUGGUGAUCUGGCUGCGUAAGAAAUUUUUCGAACAAGCGCUUUCUUGUUUUCCAUCCAUUUAUUUUUAUCUAUCAAAAAAGCUUGUACCCGCCUUGUUUUUCAUCAUCGCUAUAAAUAGCCAUUUUUACACGCAGGUAGACUACAAGAAGGUCUGGAAGGGUGCAAGAGGAAACACACAGCACUUAGUUACCUAAAAAGCAGCUCUGCAUCCGUGUUACGGGUAAACACAGCACGGACAGUUCUUUUUUCAAUUUUGACAUUUUUACGAAUCUACUUCAACAACAGUGACAGUCCAAGACGAGAUACAACGACCAGAAUAGCAUUACAAAUCCAACAAUCUCUUCUAACUUUGCAACGUAUGCAACCACUUGUAAAGCUAAAGAUAUCAACGGGGCCUGUUGCAGCGCCCGUGCUCCCUUGUCUAUUAGUGGAAAAAGUGUGUUUUAUUCUUCGUUGCUGGGUCGUAGUAAGGUGACGAGCGACGUUCUAAUCUAGCGGCUUUAUUGACGCCUCUUAUGCAAAACGACCGGCAGUUUUCAAGCGGCCGACGAAGGCGUUUUUUGACUACAUAAAAGAACUUUACUUAUCAAGCGGCCGGGGCUUUCGCUUUGUUGUCAAAAAAGCCUGAGCCAAUUCUAUCGAUGCGCCCUUGAUAAAACGACGCAGGGGAGCCGGCAAAAGGGGCGCCCUUCUGAGGCGCCCACGCCCACAGCCUUGGUUUCUGGCGCCUUGGGGCGCCCAAAAAGGGCCGCCGAAAAAGCAGCAGUCCGAAAAAACAGCGAAUCCGCAUGGUGCGGGCGUCAUUUACGGGGCCCCUCGCCGAUGUCUGUGCUGUCAAGGGGUGCCCUACCUUUGGACACGAGCCAGACAGGCGGGCAACACCCAUCGAAGCCGGCCUCUUAUAUAAUAGCACUUCAGCAAUUGCAAUGUCAUUAGCUAGCUCGAGCCAGGACCUUUUUGUUUUUUCAUAUCAUAAAUUGCUUAAACCAAUAAAUCUGCCAUCUGGAGGGCCUACCUUCGCACGCCACCAGUUCUGCGUCGCGAAACAGGAUGGAAAGUGAGUGAUAAAGCUGCUAUAUGUUUUUGCAAAGCUGAUUUCUUUGAAUCGCCGUAGCUUGAGUCGCGUAGUGUAUCUCGUCAUGCCGUGACUCGCACAAUAGUGGCAGAUUAAAGCGCUCUGAUUUUCGAUAGGUCUUUUGAAAACUAAAAUCCCGAAGGGUGGAUUUUUGAAAAUGAGCACUGUAG